AUGGCAUCCGCCUCCAAAACCCUCCUCGGGCUCGGCCAACGCCUCCCACGCCGGGCACUACCACGCAUCACGCCCUUCCGAUGCCAGAGCGCACACCAGUACCAAUCCUGGCACUCCAAGAAAAAGGACAUCCCGGACGAGUUGGCCAAGUUGGACCUGUGGGACAACAACCCGGAAGAGCCCCCGACCGGUUUCCAAAAGGCUUACACUGAGUUUCCAUGCACGCUACACUACUACACCCUAACCGCUCGGUCCAAACUAUUCGAUGCCCGGCCCGAACACCACAAAUUAACACCCCUGGACCUGCCCCCGGAUGCGGUCCUUCCGGGUAAGGAUGAGCUUGUGCGCCCGGCUAUUGGCCUCAUUUGGCCGGGUGAUCCUAAACAGACGCCCAUCUCAAACGGUGUGACUUUACUUCCCAACACGAUAUGGAUGAACCGGCUGGCAGACAGGUAUCAUAACGACUAUUACUUGAAACCUCUGCAAGAGGGGAAAGAGCUCGAGGAGCCGCAGGUUUUUACUAUCAAAAAAGAAACCCCGGUACCAAAAGAUCUUACGUUAUUUCAUGAAUCCGAUGAAUGGUUUUCCCUCCAGCCGGCGGAAGGCAUGACGCUUCCUGAUUUGAACAACGCCCUAGACAAGUUCUACGACGAGUAUGCACGCAAACGAAACGCGGAAGAGUGGUUUGAGAAGAACCCGCCCACCAGGUGGAUAGACGGGAGAGAAGUGGAUGUUUGGAUGGAUCAGUAG